UACCGGUCAUCUUUCUAUGAGAUCGGCUGAUUUGACGGCAGAAGUGGCAACUGCCAUUUGGCGCGAACUACCACCAACUUAAGGAUUUCUACGUCUCUUUCCCUCUCCCUCUCAAUUUGACGUCCGAAGACGGGAGCCGCUGAUCUACUUCGAUACACCCCUUUCACCUGCCCAACUACCAACUAAAACCACUCAAAACUAUUAAUUCUAUUAGGGAAUAAUUUUCGUCAAAAAAGGUGGACGUCACCUCUCCAAUUUCCCGUUCUCCCUCAGAUCUCACGGUAUUUGGAAAAAAGGGGCGAGAAAACCCUAUUCCUGCUUUCUAUUGACAUCCGAUCGAUAACUUUUUUUCUGCUGAUCGACCAUCUCAGCAGCAGUCAUCAUGUCAAGUUUGGAAGAGCCAAUCGGUCUUGACAACUACUCAGCAUGCAAUGGUGCUGGCUGGCUUCGAAGAUUUAGUUCCAAUGCUUGCCGACCCAGAUCAGAUCACACUGAAAUGGAAAACUGUUUGAUUGAGUCCAGAGAGUGCACUUCUUCGAACAGCUGCAAUGAAGAAUAUGCUCGGCAUAGAAAAUCAAAUGACAGGUUUACCCAAAACUCCUUAAUGUCAAGGACCACAAGUCUUGGCAGGAGGAGGGUCCUAAAUGGAGUUUGUGAUGCAUGGUGUUUGCAAGAUCAUUGCUGUAGGUUGCCCAGGAAUGGCAUUGAAAUAAGAGAUCUAGUAGAUAAGAUUUUCAGGAGCAUGCCAAGUUAUGUAAAGAUAGUGGAGGUUGGGCCUAGAGAUGGUUUACAGAAUGAGAAGACUAUCAUUCCUACAAAAGUGAAAAUUGACCUGAUACAGAGAUUGGCAACAACUGGAUUAUCGGUUGUCGAGGCUACAAGUUUUGUUUCGCCUAAGUGGGUACCCCAGCUAGCAGAUGCCAAGGAUGUCAUUGAAGAAAUUUGUAACAUUGAGGGCAUUCACUUUCCAGUGCUGACUCCUAAUCUCCAAGGUUUCAAGGCAGCUAUUGCAGCAGGUGCGAAAGAAGUUGCGAUAUUUGCAUCAGCUUCAGAAGCUUUUUCUUUGUCCAAUAUCAAUUGUAGCAUUAAGGAUAGCCUUGCCCGUUAUCAGGAUGUUACUCAUGCUGCAAAGGCACUUGGAGUGCCAGUUCGUGGAUAUGUUUCCUGUGUUGUGGGUUGUCCCGUAGAAGGAGCAGUUUGUCCAACGAAGGUGGCAUAUGUAGCAAAAGAACUUUAUGAAAUGGGUUGUUUUGAGAUAUCUCUUGGUGAUACAAUCGGAGUUGGUAAUCCAGGUUCCGUUAUUCCAAUGCUGAAUGCGGUCAUGUCUGUUGUUCCUGUGGAGAAGCUUGCGGUCCAUUUCCAUGAUACCUACGGCCAGUCCCUUUCCAACAUUCUAGUCUCCCUGCAGAUGGGGAUCUCCAUCGUAGACGCAUCGGUUGCCGGCUUGGGAGGAUGCCCAUAUGCGAAGGGAGCUUCAGGAAAUGUUGCCACAGAGGAUGUUGUCUACAUGCUCGACGGUCUCGGGAUAGAAACUGAUGUUGAUCUCAGCAAGCUCAUGGCUGCUGGAGACUUCAUCUGUAACCAUCUGGGCCGCGAGUCUGGCUCCAAAACUGCUGUUGCUUUGAGCAAAAUCAGCGCAAAUGCAACUAAUAUGUAAUUUUCUAUUUUCUUAUUGAUCAAUACUUCAGAAAUUAUCCCCAUUUCAUUCUGCGGUAGUGACCUCAUUUUUAUUAUCAUGUUGUUUGGUGAAGCAAUGUAUCUAUCCGUUACAUUAAUAAAGCUGGAAAGGC